AUGUCCCGUCUGCGUGGUCAUGCCUGUCCUCAUGUUCGCCUAGAGAUUCUGGAUUUUCUUGUCGACUUCGGUCGGUCCGUUGCUGUUGCUGCCGGGAGGUCAGCUUCUAUGCUUGCAGGAGCCAAUCGAGGUGAUAUAAUCGAAGAUGGUCGUAUUUUUCUUUCCGCACCGACUACAAAAAAGAUCGCAGUCAUCACUCUCGCGAAAGAGCCCGUGAACCUGUUGGAUGAUUCACUUUGGCAGCAGCUCCACACCGCCUUUCAAGCGGUGCUGGAUGAACAGGAAAAAAGCAAAAACAUCGUCGCCUGCUUUCUCCGAUCCGGUUUAAAAUCCAAAAAGACCUUCACUGCUGGCGGCGAUUUAAAGGAAAUGGCAGCGCAAAUCGCUUCGAAGGACUUCCAGAAGUGCCGCGAAUCGCAGAAUAUUUUGUCUCGAACCCUCCAGCUCAUCUACACCUUCCCGAUCCUCACCAUCGCGUUGAUCAAUGGCUUCUGCCCCGGCGCCGGCACGGUGUUGAUCUUAUCCUGCGACAUCCGGAUCAUGACGGCAAAGCAUGCGGCGGUCGGACUACCCGAAAUCGCCGUCGGACUCCCGGUGCCGUGCGCCUGGGGCGAACUGCUGGAACAGCGGUUGGCGGACAAAACGGUGGCGAAGGAAAUGCUGCUGAGCGGGAAGAUGGUGACGGGAGCAGAAAUUAUUGGAGACAGAGAGGCGGGUCGUUCGUACGACGGUCUAGUGCAGCUCGUUUUGGAUGAGGAAGAAGAUCGUUUAGGUUCUUCGACGAUUAAGGGACAAGGAGACGCUGGGACGAAUGGUAUGGACCAUGCUGCGGAAAGAGUAAGAAAUGUCUCCCAAGCGAUCGAUGCUCUGAUGCGGUCUCCCGGCAGCGCAAGCGCUGCCCGGAGUACAUCCGUGCCUUCCCCAUUCUUUGCAGAUUUCAUCGCACUGAUGCACAAAAACAACUCAACGAAAAGCAGUGCGAGCCCGGAGAACCAUCCACCGCAAGCUUUUCUCAAUACGCAGAAUCGAGCGUGGGCCCAAACGAAGAGGCAUCUCUGCCAGCCGUUUCUGGAAAAGUGGCAAAAAGAGUUCGAGACCCACGUUGCUUCGAAUUGGAAGUUUCUGACGCAGCCGGAGACCGUGGAGGCCUUGCAGUACUACCUGUCGACUUUGAAGAGGAAAGACAAACUAGAAUCCGGAGGACAUGGCGCCUCAAAGUCGAAGCUUUGACAUCAAGCAACAAAGACAUGAUGACGGCAGUAGUCCGUGACGCCCAUUGGUCGCGUCACCACAGUAAUUUCCUGUCGGGGAAGGCCUAGGCCAAAACAGAAGCGUUUUUGGAAACAAGUAAGCGGUACUUACGCCACGGAAGGUCUGCCCAUCUGGUAGUACAUAGGCAUCUCCAUCUGCUGCAGCAGCAGCGUUGCCCUGGGCGCAGAAGCAGAUGAUGAAGAUGAUAGUGACGACACAACAAGUGAUGAGUGUAGUGCAUCUAUCUCCUUGUUCCAGUGGUAACGUUUUGAAAAGUUAGACAUCUUCAGUAUCAGUCCCUUGACCGUCAUGUUUCUACUUUCUGGAGGGCAGUGGAAGUGCGAGUGUUCAAACGGAAACAUCGCGAAGCUGCUAGCAGGCCACUGACUUUCAGACGAAGACGUCGUCGAAGAUAAUCGUAAUAUUCGUAUAACAUCAAC